GAUAAGCCAUCACUCUUCUAACCAAAAACGUGGGAACAGGGACAAGUAAUGGCGGUGUUUAGGAGCUUGAUUUUUUUGCUGGCUUUUCAGCUCCUGCAUGUGGCAAGUGGUUCUAUGGUAUGGCUAAAUGAGAGCGGCUAUGAGGAUUUGGUUAUUGCAAUUAAUCCCAGGGUACCAGAAGAUGCCAACAUCAUUGAAAACACAAAGGUGAUGGUAAAAGAUGCUUCUAAUUACUUGUUUGAAGCUACAAAACAUCGAUUUUUCUUCAAGUCUGUAAAAAUCAUAAUUCCUAAAACAUGGAAGAAAAACACCAACUAUUCAAGAUUAAAAACAGAAUCAUAUGACAAGGCAGAUGUCAUCAUAGCAGAUCCUUUCUUGAAAUAUGGAGAUGAUCCGUAUACCUUACAGUACGGAGGAUGUAAGGAGAAAGGAAGAUACAUCCAUUUCACUCCUAACUUCCUAUUAAAAAGCAGUUUGCUUAAUAUUUAUGGAGAAAGAGGCAGAGUUUUUGUGCAUGAAUGGGCUCAUCUUCGGUGGGGGGUAUUUGAUGAAUAUAAUAGCGAUGCACCUUUUUAUGUGUCCACAAAUUCUGGAAAAGCAAGUGUUGAAGCAACAAGGUGUUCAGCUAGUGUCACUGGUGUACCUGUUUUCCAAGAGUGCAAUGGAAACAACUGUGAUGUGAGGGACUGCAGAUAUGACGGCCAGCUCUAUGAAGCUGGAUGCACAUUUGUACCAGACAAGCAACAAAAUGUCCAAUCUUCUAUUAUGUACAUGCAAAGCUUAGCUUCUGUGGUUGAAUUUUGUGAUAAAAGCACUCAUAACGCAGAGGCUCCAAAUAUGCAAAAUAAGAUGUGCGACUACAAAAGCACAUGGGAAAUAAUUACGGAAUCUGCUGACUUCCAAAACUCCUCUGUCAUAAGUAGUCCUACACCCCCUGUUGAGCCCACAUUCAAGCUACUGCAGACCCAAGACAGAGCAGUCUGCCUAGUACUGGAUAUUUCUGGAAGCAUGACAUUGCGUGAACGCAUUAACCAUCUGUAUCAGGCUGCAGAGGUAUUUCUGCUCCAAAUUAUUGAAAUCGGUUCCUGGGUUGGAAUUGUCACAUUUGAAUCUAGUGCAUAUGUGAAAGCUCCUUUGCAACAAAUAACCAGUGAUACAGUACGCCAUAGUCUUACUCAGUAUUUGCCUAUAACUGCUGGUGGAGGAACAAAUAUCUGCGCAGGUGUACAGACAGGAUUUCAGGUGAUUACAGACAAAUUCCAAACUACAUAUGGUUCUGAAAUUGUACUGCUGACUGAUGGAGAAGACUCCAAUAUUGCAAGUUGCCUGAGUAACGUGAAACAAAGUGGGGCAAUAAUUCAUACCAUUGCAUUAGGGCCUGAUGCAGCUGCAGAAUUAGAUCAGUUUUCAGAGCUGACAGGAGGUUUACAGCUUUAUGCUAUAGAUGAAGUCCUCCCCAGUAAAUUAAUUGAGGCAUUCAGUGGAAUUACAUCAGGAAGUGGAGAUAUAUCUGAACAAUCUAUUCAGCUUGAAAGCAAAGAUCUAGAGGUUGCAAGUAACCAAUGGAUAAAUAAUUCUGUGACUAUUGACAAAACUGUGGGAAAUGACACUUUCUUCCUCAUUGCAUGGAGUCUACAGAAACCACGUAUUGUUCUAAGGGACCCCAAAGGAAAAGAGUAUGGAGACUCAGACUUUACAAUUGAUAAUUCAAACCUCAAAACAGCUAGACUUGGUAUAAAUGGCACUGCAGAGGUGGGAGACUGGUAUUAUUAUAUUGAAAAUUAUUAUACACAAACACAAACUAUAUCAGUAACAGUUACCUCUCGAGCAGCAUCUUCUGAUGUUCCUCCUGUGAUUGUCAAAGCUUACAUGAAUCAAGCAAACACGGCACCUAAUCCAGUUAUUAUUUAUGCAGAGGUUAGUCAAGGGUUUUUGCCUGUUCUUGGUGCAACUGUGAUAGCAACCAUAGAGAAAGACAAAGCUGCAACAGAAACCAUUCCACUCCUCGAUAAUGGUGCAGGUGCUGAUACAAUCAAGAAUGAUGGAAUCUACUCAAGGUACUUUACUUCUUUCCAAAACAAUGGAAGAUACAGUCUGAAAGUGAAUGCCUAUGGGAGAGAAACAACUGUCAGACUUGGCCUCAGACAAAAUCGAGCCUUGUAUAUACCAGGCUACAGAGAAAAUGGUACAAUUCAGAUGAAUGCACCAAGACCUGAAUUUUCUGAUGAAGAAAUCCAAGCCCAGCUGGGAAGUUUCAGUAGAAUUGCAACAAGCUCUUUUGUACUGAACGACGUUAGCUCAGGAGCUGCUGCUUCUUUUCCACCCUGUAAAAUUACAGACCUUAAUGCUUAUAUAGACAAUGAAACAAUUAUCUUGACUUGGACAGCUCCAGGGGGUGUCCUUGAUAUUGGACAAGCUGAUCACUACAUAAUAAAAACCAGUGAAAAUCUUCUGGACCUAAGAAAUGACUUUGAUAAUGCUACUUCCGUGAAUUCCUCUGAUCUCAUACCUAAGGCUGCUGGUACAACAGAAUUAUUUACAAUCAAACCAGAAAAUCUAACAAUAGAAAAUGGCACUACAAUCUACAUUGCUGUACGUGCUGUUGCUAACACAACCUUGACCUCAGAUGUGUCUAAUAUUGCACAUGCCACAUGGUUCAUUCCUCCAAAAGCAGCUGUGCCUACAGAGGCGCCCUCAGAGGCGCCCUCAGAGGCACCCUCAGAGAGGCCUUCAGAUGAUGAAGGCAAUAAAGGUGAUCUUAAUCACCUUACAGCAAUAGUGGCAAUAGUAGCUGGGUGUGUAAUUGUUGUUUGUAUUAUUAUAAGUUCAACUCUGUGUGUUUUACAAAGAAAAAACAGAAGAAGGGAUCCUGCAAUCAGAAUGUAAACGUAUCUGUAAAAUAAAAGCUUAGAAGGAAUUUAGUGUAAUUUUUACCAUAAGUUCUCAAACAGGAGAAGAAGUAUUUGUGUGUUUAAAGAUUAAGUGCCUUGAUUUUAAACAGAUAUGUAUUUGUCUUUUUUGAUAUGCUUACAGAUGAAGAUUUUUAAAAUGUCCUCCACGUACACUCAUUAAACAUUAAACACAAAAGCAGGCACUCAGAAAUGUAA